AUGAUCGAAGGCGAUUCCUUGUAUGUGGAGAAUGUAAUCGGAGAUGGCAAUCAAUUUACCGUGUUCGGUGCGGGUGUUACUGCCUAUGUGGACCUACUAGAAAAGUCAUGUUCAUGUAGGAAAUAUGAAUUGAUCAAGAUACCUUGUGCUCACGCGAUGGCCGUUUUGCGAUCAAAGCAUGGCAAUAAGUAUGGUAUGAGCAUCUAUGAGUACUCUUCGCCUUUGUAUAAAGUUGAAGCGUACCUUCUUGCAUACAUGGAUUCUAUUAAUGUUGUCCCUCUCGAGUCAGAAUGGUGUGUUCCAGAAGAAUUGCUUAGUGUGAAGAUUCUUCCGCCUCUUGUCGAUACCAAGCUUGGAAGAAAAAGAAGAAAAUGUGUCAAAGGCAUCGAUAAGAAUUUCAAGAGAAGGAACAAAUGUUCAAUUUGUAAGAGAAUCGGACACAAGAGAACUACGUGUGUGAACAACAACAAAUCGCGGCUUGAAAAUGAAUCAUCAAUGAGUAGGCCAUCGAAUUUUCAAGGCGUUGCCAAAUUUGAAAUAUUAACAAAGCUACGGGAAUUCGAAGAAAAUAGGGAUCUGCUAAUGACUUUCUUAAAAGAAGUCGAAGAGGAGAGGAAUCACUUGAAAGUGUUGCUAAAAGAUGCUGAAAUAGAUAGAGAUCAACUAAAAGAAAUGUUGAUUUUGGAAGAAGAAAAAGAAAAAGGCCUAAAAGCUAUAUUGUGUGGUUUAUUUUUAGUGUUUGCUUUUUGGAAAUGUGUAACAAAUGUGUAA